AUGGAAGACUAUGACAAAAUUUCGCGACCAAUGCAUAAUCAGUUAGUACCGACAGAAGUGCGCAUGUGUUUAAAUAUCUACGUCAUAUAUGAUGUGGCGGAAGUGACACAGUCUAUACAAAUGUCGGCGUCAUUGAAGAUAACAUGGACGGACGAAAAUCUCAUGUGGACACCGGCAGAUUAUAGCGGCAUAAAUAUUGGAGUGUAUCCACAAGACCAUAUCUGGAAGCCUGGAGUAGCUCUUAAGAAUUCUGUCGAAGAUUUUAAAACUCUAGGGGAUCCAUCAUUAAAUGUGGAAGUUACGUCAGGUGGCAUUGUAACUUGGGAACCUUACCAGAUAUUUACAUCACGUUGCACCUUUGACAUAACCUACUUCCCAUUCGACAAACAGUCAUGUGACCUUAUAUUCGUCACGUGGGGAUACAACGCUGAUCACGUGUUAAUAAAAGGACCAAUCAGUGGUGAUGCGGCUGACUGGACAGAUGUUACAUCAAAUCCGGAGUGGAAAAUCAACGACGUAACUAGCAAAACGACCAUACAUCCUAGGCCUAUGAUGAUCUUUACUUUAGAUAUUGAACGCAAACCAAGUUACGUGGUGAUCAACAUAAUCUUACCAUUGCUUGUUCUUCUCGGGCUAAAUUGUUGCGUUUUCCUUCUACCAAGUGACAGCGGAGAGAAAACGAGUUUUGCGGUAACCGUAUUUUUAUCAUUCGUAGUCUUUGCUACUAUUGUCCACCAAACAUUGCCUCCGAAUUCCGACAAUGUCUGUCACUUGACGGUUUACAUAAUCACUCUGGUUUUCGAGAGCUCAGUGGUCACAGUUUUGGCGAUUCUUCUCAUCCGCUUGGCCGGAAGGUCUGGCGAGCCUGGUGCCUUUGCCAAGAAAGCGUUAACUUGCUUGGGUUGUCUGAAGACUGGUUACUCACAAGUCGACCACAAAGUAUACAGUCUACCAUCGGACAAGCUUCAAAUAGUCGAAAAUAAAGUCAGGUCUAUGGAUGAACCGGCCCUACCAAAUUACAAAGACGUAACCAAACUGCGCAACGAAGAUUUUGAUUGGAAGAAAGUCGCCUACCGUCUUGACUGGCUACUCGCUAUCACCGCUUUGAUUUUCUUUGUAAACAUCGACGUUCUCGUAGUCGUCUAUGUUAGCGGUCUUCGUGAAGACUUUGAGAAUAAGGCUGCAUUCCAGUCGACAGCGAAGCUCUCCAAUACCACACUCGACGACGAACAGUGA